GCCUCCACAUCAGAACACCACCUCCACACUCCCAUGUACGUCUUCCUCCUCAACCUCUCUGUUCUCGACCUGGGAUCCAUCUCCACCACUAUCCCCAAAGCCAUGGCCAAUGCCCUCUGGGACACCAGGGAGAUCUCCUACAUGGGAUGUGCUGCCCAGGUCUUUUUCUUUCUCUGUUUUAUUUCAGCAGAGUAUUUUCUUCUCAUUGUCAUGGCCUACGACUGCUAUGUGGCCAUCUGCAAACCCCUGCACUACAGGACCCUCCUGGGCAGCAGAGCUUGUGUCCACAUGGCAGCAGCUGCCUGGGGCAGAGGGUAUCUCAAUUAUCUGUUGCACAUGGCCAAUACAUUUUCAAUCCCCCUCUGCCAUUACAAUGCUGUGGACCAGUUCUUCUGUGAAAUCCCCCAGAUCCUCAAGCUCUCCUGCUCACAAUCCUACCUCAGGGAAGUUGGGCUUAUGGUGGUCACUGUCUGUUUAGUAUUUGGGUGUUCUGUGUUCCUGGUGCUGUCUUAUGUUCAGAUCUCCAGGGCUGUGCUGAGGAUCCCCUCUGAGCAGGGACGGCACAAAGCCUUUUCCAUGUGCCUCCCUCAUCUGGCUAUGGUCUCCCUUUUUGUCAGCACUGGCUUUUUUGCCUACGUGAAGUCCCCCUCCAUCUCUUUUCCAGUUCUAAAUCUCUUGGUGUCAUUUCUGUACUCAGUGGUGUCUCCAGCAGUGAAUCCUUUUAUCUACAGUUUGAGGAACCAGGAGAUCAAAGAUGCACUGAAGAGACUUCUGAAUGGACCUUGUUGA